CAUAUAAUGACUUACUAUAAUGUAUCAAUUUAUGAGUCGCAUUGCGAGGUUAUUGAUUGCAUCUCUGCGAAUUACCCAGAAUCCGAUUUUAUUAUUGCGGGGGAUUAUAAUCUCCCACACUUGCGGAUUGUGCGCGAGUUCGGUGUUCUGGUAUCUAAUUUCUUGGGCCACUGUAGAGUGGCAAGGCAAGCUAAUAUUAUUAUAAAUUAUUUUAAUGAAUUUGAUAUGUAUCAGCAUAAUUCGGUUAAUAAUAGCAACGGAGAUAUACUUGACCUUAUAUUUUCAAAUUUUUCCACGAUCUCUGUGUGUUCUGCAGAUGAUUCCUUAUUAAAUUGUGAUAUUUAUCAUCCAGCUCUAUGCUUUGCUACUCCAUUGAGGCCCGCUUUGCCGGUAGUACGACCAUCGAUAGUAAGAUGGAAUUUUAGGCGUGCAGAUUACGAAGCUAUUAAUGAUUAUUUAGGUAGUAUAAAUUGGGAUGCCGUGUUUGAGGGUCGGAAUGUUGAAGAUGCUGUUGGCCUUCUGUAUUCACAUCUCCAAUAUGCUAUUGAUUCCUUUGUGCCUGUGUCUGUGGUACGUUCUUCUUCGUUUCCUGCCUGGUUCACGCAUGAGCUGAUUAGCAUGAUUAGAGCUAAAAGGAAAGCGCAUUAUAUUUAUAAGAGAACCAAUAAGUUCUCUGAUUAUUUAGUAUUUGCCAGGCUAAGGUUGCAUUGUAAGGCCCUCUCUAGAUCUGCAUGAAAUGGUUAUCUGGAAAAGACGGAGUCUGCGAUACCUGACAACAUGAAUGUCUUUUGGAAUUUUAUCAAGUCUAUCUCUAAUAAAGAUUCCUCCUCCUCUACCAU